GAGCUGUACGUACGUUUCCCCUUCCGUGGGCCUCUUUCAGGAUUUACCUUGUUACUGUGGGGACCCUGACCAGGGACUCAGAGACAGGGCUGGCCCCGGAGUGUAAGCAGUAACUGGCGCUGGAAGCCAAGUAUUAUCUGUGUGGUGGAAUACAUAGUACUUUUUAUACCAUCUUAAAGACUUAAUGUUAAAAUAACAAUCAUGAGGAUUAUAAUACUUAUUACAACAGCCCUAUGUGUUCAAUAUGUGCGAUCACAAGAAUCAACAGGAACAACAAAAGCGAAAGUAGAAUGGUCAGCUAGUCUCCAAAGUGUAGGGCCAGGUAUUCCUAUUCAACACUGGGGUAAAUCAGUGUCUUCACGUGGGAAUCAAACAAAAGAGGUGUCGCCGAACAAGAAAACACUUCCGGUUAUAGUUCCGGCUUCCGGUAUUCCGGGGAAGAAGGGGGCUGGUACAACGAACGCACCAGGGACAACGAUGUCACCGCUACAGAAGGCUAUUAACCAGUUACUUGCAGCAGCCAAAAAAGAAAAGUCAGUUUCCCAGAAAGUCACGUCGUCUACCCUAAAUGACCUAUUCACAAAUAAAGUUUCGAUGUCGAAGUCAACUUCUAACAUGCAAGUGGAAUCCGAAAAAGUUCCCGGACUAAACCUGCCAGGUGUGUUUAUACCCAAACUUCCUCAGCCAAGGAAACAACAGUUUGACAAUCUUCUUGGAUCAAGACGUCGAACGAUUUCUGCUAAAGAAGCCAGUAUGUUCAGAAAUAACAGAAAGAGAACCAUCGCCCCGACCACACAGCGUGCCACCAAGGCUACGCCAUCCCCCGCCUCCCGUACCACCCCAUCCCUUACCCUUCCACCUCCUCCUCCCUUCACGAUUACACAUCACCAAACAUCAAACUUUGCCAGAGCGAGAGCUUCGGUUUCUCAAAGAAGUACACCAACUGAAAAACCUCGUCCGGCAGCUAAAGUUGUAAUCACUAAGACAACAACAACUACUACAACACCAAAACCAACCACGACGACCACACGAGCUACGACAACAACUACAACUCCAACCACAACUCCAACAACUACCACAACUACAACGACACCAGCCCCGGAGCCUUUAGCGAUGGUACACUCGUCACUAUCUGUGCCACAAUCUCUUCUGGAUCGCCUCCGUACGCAAGGGGCCGCCUUAAUCGAAUCGAAAUCGAGAUCCACACAAACAAGCGACGCUCAGACAGACAACACACUGGCGGAAAAUGUUGAUUCGACAAUCAAAACCAGUAGUGUUAUGACCAGCCUGAAGCCGACCCUCUCCCCUCAGUGGCCACCAGUAACCUUACAAAGUCAGUGGCCGACCCUUGCUCCAAUUUUAGAUAACCCAGAGGGAGCACCCAUUAACACCGAUGCUGCCUCAAACCACUGGUUGAAUAUUUUUCAAUCUAGGCAAUCACAAACGGGGCUUGCUGAGCCAUCACCUACAAGAGACACUUUUGGCUCACUGUUUAAUCCCUCCGGUACUAUGCCACCAAUUCUGGACAAUUCAAAUAUGUUCUCUUCAUUGAUUCCACAACCCACUGCUAGUUUCUUUGAGCAAUUGAUAUCUGGCCCUACUGCAUACCCAGUAGGAAACACAGUUGGUCCGUCACUUCCUCCAACUAGCAAGCCCAGUUUUAAAACAUCCCCGACAAAUACCGUAGAAAUGUCCAGGUCUACAACGACCCGGAGAAGUGUUACUUCCACACAGCCACCACCGACCAAAUCAUAUCCCACAACGCUAGGAGAACAGCAUAACGCUACACAACAGAGGGUAAAUUCACAAAGUGUGACAAAGACUCCUGAAGUUACAAAAAUUAUGUCUGGUAUCCCUGUAACAUUGACGUCAAUGAAGCCAAAGACGACAAUUGAUGUGAGAAAAACAUACCCUUCGUCGGUGUUUACAGCUAGCCCAGGUGUGAACACACUUUUUCAAGCUGCAACCAGUCCGGAACCUACCAGAAAGACGGCGGACAACAGAAUUGUGCCCACCGCCUCCGCCCCUACGUCUUUGGACAUUAAGGAUGGUUUAUAUGUACCGGCGAAUGCCUCUGGCACGAACAGCUUUGUGAGCAUGUCCCCUUCUUUCUCCACGACCAUAGACCAGGGUCAGCUCAUAGAGCAGAAAAGGGCGAUGGAAGAGCUAGAAAAAAGACAGAUGAUGUCGGCAAACAAUCUGAAAGUCCAGCAGGAAAUGUUACGACAGAUCAAGGAAAUGCUUGCUGCGCUUACAACGUUUUUCGAAAGAGGGAUUGUAAAUCGAAUAAUGUCAGUGGCAAGGACAACUGCCUCUCUACCCCAACCUACCACAGCGAUUAGGAUUGAAACUCAACGGCCAACGACUUCACCACAAGCUAAUAGGCAAACACGUAGGCAUACCCAUGAACAAUUGGUUACGGAUCCAGCGGAAGUGACGUCGGUUCAUGUUACAGUCCCACCCACACAACCCACCACCACAACCCAGGCUCCAACUACAACGACAACCAGUACUACAACUACAACCCCAACCACAACAACCACCACUCCCGACCCUACAACAACUCCAACCACAACAACAACAACAGAAACAACAACAACAACAGAAACACCGACGCCAACUACAAAAGCCGCAGUGACGACACCUCCGCCACAAGACUUCCCGAUGGAUGCUGUUUUGCAAGGCUCUGGCAGUCUGUUUGCACAAUUACAAGGAAUGGGCGAGUCACAAAUGCCCACUCGUAAUACCCCUACGCUAGCUGAGUUGGCGAUGGGGGCGGCAAUGAGGAGGAACAAUAUACAGGUCUCAAGAGUUGAUGUCAGUGGUGCAUCAAGUGAUGCAACCGCCAAUGUCAUUACCCCAAACAGUCCGCCAUAUACAUCUCUACAGCAAAAUGAGGUUAUUUCACAAAAAGCCGAUCGCCAACAAACCCCAACAUCGCUAAGAGAACAACAUCAAUUUCUUUCUACAUUACUUACUAAACUGGGUUUGCAAACAAAUACGCAAACCUCUUCAGAUGGGAAGAGUAGCGGCUCUUCCGCGCAAAUUGAGGCUGCGAAGUCACUGCUAGCCGCACCCCAGCAGACAAGCAAUGACCAAGUUGCACAAGUACAGGAUCGAGGCACUGAAACAACUGCUAUGGACAAACUGAAGAAAAUUUUAAAUAACUUACCUACAGCUGGAUCUUUAUCAUCUUUCGGCAACAACGUCCAGGCGCCUAUAGCUCCACCAGCAAGGCAGACAACUCCCCAACCACAACCACAGCAGUCUGGGGGUGGAUUCCAGUCCUUCCUUCAAAGCCUCAAUCCACUUCAGCGACAACAACUCAAAGGAAUUUUGAAUGGAGGACAAGAGCCAGCGCCUACAACUACAACCACACCAGCACCUCUCACCGAGCAGGAACAGUUCAACCAAAUGAUGACACGAUUAUUAGCUAAUAACGGUGAAGGAGGAGGAGGCAACCAGAUGCAGACUAUGAUUGACUCCUUUAUGGGCGGCGGAGGUGGAGGCAUGGGAAUGGGCGGAGGUAUGGGAGCCAUGGAUAUUCUGGGACAAAUGGCAAAGGCGAACGUGGCGGAAAAAAUAGCUUCAGGCGAAGGUCGUCUAAUGAGCGGAGAACUGAGUCGAAAAGACCGACGUAUCCUUCGACAAAUGCGCCGCGGUAACAGACGUGGAGGACCACGAAGGAACGGUCCUAAUGGUGGUCAACGAAGAGGCGGCCCUGGACCGAAUGGCGGUCAAGGAGGGAGACGCGGACCUAAUGGCGGCAGGAGGGGACCAGGAGGUCCUAACAGACAAGGAAGGAGAGGAGGCCGCAGAGGUCCUUUGAACCGUAGGCGAAAUAUGAUGAUGCAAAGGCAGAUGAGAGACCGUAUGCUGAGAGCACGCGGUUUAGAGGUGCCAGAACCCGGCGAGAGACCAGGUCUAGGAGAAGGAGGACUUGGAUCCAUGAUGAUGAUGAGUCUGCUAUCAGGGAUGGGACAGAACGAGGGAGCCGGUUCCGGUAAUAUGAUGGGAGGAGGAGGAGCCGGUGGUGGCGGAGGGAUGGCCGAUAUGCUAAGCGCACUCGGUGGAAUGGGAGGUAUGGGCGGUAUGGGUGGUAUGGGCGGUAUGGGCGGCAUGGAGGCACUCAUGGGAGGAGGAGGAGGAGGAGGAGGAGGAGGAUCGUCAUCUGGCGGUAUGAACAUGGCUAAUAUGUUUUCUCAAAUGAUGGGCGGAUCCGGAAGUGGUGGAGGUAGUGGUGGCGCAGGUUCCACGGCAUCACCACCCGAGGGAGGUGCUGGCGAAGGUGGUAGCGGAGGUCAAGGAGGAGCUGGAGGAGCAGAUAUGAUGUCAGCUAUGAUGGGUAUGGGAGGAGGCGGCGGUGCAGGAGGAAUGGGAGGUCUUUUCGGAUCUUUAAUGGGAGGCGGUAGUGGAGGAGGUACAGGGGAAACAGCAGAGACGCCGAUGGGAGGAUUGGGAGGAAUGGGCAGCGGUAUGGGAGCAUUUGGAGGCGGCGGAAAUCCGUUUGGGAUGUUAGGACUGGGACUUCGCAAGAAGAGAUCGACAGAUAAUUCACAUAGGAGACAGAAACGUGCCUUGUCCACAACAGGAGCAUUAACUGGAUCAAGCUCUGACAUGAUGCAGAUGCUUACAACAUUUAUGGGACAAAACAACGUAUCUGCAGAAGUGAUGCUACAAUUGCUGCUCAAAGUGUCGCAGGAACCACCGACAACUGCACCGCCUCCAGCAGUGACACCCGCUAGCCAUCAAGUCUGGCCAGCAAUUACCCCUGCCGUAUUACCUGCACCUACACCUAGUAUACUUCCAGCACAUGUACCAACUGUUCUUCCUACCCCGCGCUCGCCUUCACAUUUCACACACCAGCCUGCACCUACCCCAUACGUUCCUCCACAGCUACCAACAAGUAACUUCAAUCCAACACCUAGUACAGGACUCAGUGGUUUCGGCGCAAUGUUUGCACUCAGCGGUCUCGGAGGAGGGUUCGGUAGUGGACAAUUACCGGGUAGUACAACUGGACUAGAUGCUGGUAUGGGCUCAAUGGCUGCCGUGCUAGGUUCUAUGGGUAGCGCUAUGGGAGGUUCUAUGGGAGGUCCUAUGGGAGGUCCUAUGGGAGGUUCUAUGGCAGGAUCUAUGGGAGGUUCUAUGGGAGGUUUAAGUGGCGACCUGGCUGCUCUCAGUGCCCUUGGAUUAACUGGACUGGGUGGAUCCACUAGCGGAUUCCCAUCAUCCGCCAUGACCACGGCAAACGAAAUGGCUAGUCUUGCAUCACUAGCAACCGCGGCUGCAGCAGCUUCACCGGCGAAACCACCCCCUGCGGUAACAAAUCCAUUGACACUUUCCACGAUGAUGGGGAACGCUGUAAACCGCAUACCAGCUACUCUUGACGACACUGCCGCCAUGGCUAAGCUAACCCCGUCACAAAUGAUAACAAAAAUGGCUCAGUAUCAACAAAUGGGUCUUACACGAGAUAUACUUUCUGAUAUAAUGGAUGUGCCAGCUCAUAUGCGAACCCGUACAGGAGAUCCCAUUAUUUUGCCACCAAAAGUUGAAGCUAAGGCAAUCAUGUUGCGGUCACUUGGGAGAACGCCGGACCAAAUAGCUGACGUAUUAGGGGACAUGGUAGCGGCGGCAACAUCACCAACGGCUAUGAGGAUGAAAGCUAUGCAAUCCGCUGUGAUGUUAGGCCGAACAGGUCAGUUUAGUCAGUUGUGAUGUUAGACCAAAAGGCUGAUCAUCUGUCAUCGAAAUAUUCCAUAAACAUUUAACGAAAGUGUCGAAAAUGUGUGACAAAGCGAGAUUGGUGUGAAAGAUAUACUGGAUUACACGCCGUACUGAGUGCUAACCAACUAGACGGACGUGGACAGUACUUGUAUAUCUUUGUCACACCACUAGGUGACCCUAGGUUAAGUUUUGCCAUACCUUAUGGUAUGGUCCUACACGGUGUAAUGUUUUUACAGUAUUCACUUCAUUAGCUAGGUUAAUUGAUAAAUUGUCAAAUAUCCUAUUUAACAUAAUUUUGUUUGAUGCUUGUCUAGUCGUGAAUAUGCCCCUGAUGUCUUAGCGUACUGCAACAUGUCAAAAAUUAGAUUAUAUUUCUACGGCCUUAGUUAGCGAAGUUUGUUCUAUGUUACUAUAAUUGAUUAAGAGAGAAUUCGCAUUACAGUUGAUGGAAAUAAUAAAUUGUUUCUAUGACACUGUUCAAAGUACUCGAUUUAUAAGAUAUGUUUUUAUGGUACUUCGUUGAUGUGUUUCUCGGUUUAUGAAAAAUGUUUGCGCAAAGUUUGAAUACAAGCUUACUGUAGAUUUGACGAUUAUCUAGGUAUAUUUUAUCAAGGAGAAUUAAAUGUCUACUGAUUUUCAUGUCCAUUUUUGUGCAAAUCGAAUUGUAUGAAGUGACACAAACCUAUCAAUAUAAUAAGAAAUGUGUUACUAGACACUUUUAUAAAUCCUCAAUUCAAUAAAUUGUUUGAUACCUGUUAAUGUGUAGUGAUGUACAUAAUAAAUAAAACAAAAUAUAUCAACACCAAUCAAUUAAUUACUAAACGAAUCAAUUAAGAACAAUUUCACGGAAAUAUUUAACUGAAAUCGAUCAAACAGCUGUCUUAUCUAGUUCAUCGCAUGUAGGUUAGGAGAGUGAAUUGUAAUAGAGAAUUACCAUACUAUGUUUAGUUAAGAUUGAAUGACAAAUACGACGAGAUUAUUUUAUAUAAAAAUAAAAUGGUUUUACAUAUU